AUGAUAAGACAGUCAUUAAAAUUCCGAAAAACUGUUUCGAUUAUAUGCAUAAUAGUUCUAAUUGUAUUUAUUUUUCUCGUUCUCAAUAAAGAUAAAAAUUACGACAUUCAAAUUGAAAAUUCGCAUUCUGAAGAUGCCCAAGCUUUAAGCUACAGGGAUUUCAAUCGGCCAAAGAAAGAUAUUAUUGUACCAAGAGAACAAUCUAAUAUUAUGGAUUCAAACAGCGUUAAAGAGGAAAAAGACAAUACUAAGCAGGAAUUAUUGGAUGCUAAAGCUCGAAUAGAACUAUUAGAGAAGAAGUUAGCUAUUUUAGAAGGCAGAAUACCACAAAAGUACCCAGAAGUGAAAUAUCUGGGUUAUAAAGAAAGGAGACGGAUAUUGGUAACUGGGGGAGCAGGUUUUGUAGGUUCACACUUAGUAGAUGUUCUAAUGAUGAGAGGCCACGAGGUGAUUGUUGUAGACAACUUCUUUACUGGCAGAAAGAGAAAUGUCGAACAUUGGUUUGGACAUCGCAACUUUGAAAUGAUUCAUCAUGAUAUUGUGAAUCCACUUUAUGUUGAGGCAGAUGAAAUUUAUCACUUAGCUAGUCCGGCAAGCCCACCACACUACAUGCAGAAUCCGGUAAAAACCAUAAAGACUAACACUUUGGGAACAAUAAAUAUGCUAGGUUUAGCGCGGCGAGUCGGAGCUAAAAUCCUGAUCGCUAGUACAUCAGAGGUUUACGGCGAUCCUAUGGUACAUCCGCAACCAGAAUCUUACUGGGGACAUGUUAAUCCAAUAGGGCCACGAGCUUGUUACGACGAGGGCAAGAGAGUAGCGGAAACACUAGCAUAUUCAUACGCAAAGCAAGAAAAUGUUUCAGUAAGAGUUGCCAGAAUAUUUAACACCUAUGGACCUCGAAUGCACGUUUCUGAUGGCAGAGUUGUGUCAAAUUUUAUAAUGCAAGCGCUUCAGAACCUGACCAUUACAGUAUAUGGAAAUGGGAAACAAACAAGGUCUUUUUGUUAUGUAUCAGAUCUGGUUGAUGGAUUACUAGCACUCAUGGAUUCUGACUAUUCUCUGCCUGUUAAUAUAGGAAAUCCCGUUGAGCACACAAUAGAAGAAUUUGCUGUGAUAAUAAAGGAUCUAGUCCCCGGCUGUCGUAGUACUGUAGCUACCGGAGCAGCCGUAGAAGACGACCCGCAACGACGCAGGCCAGACAUUGCCAUAGCUGAAAAACACCUUCAUUGGUCACCAAAGAUAUCUCUACAAGAAGGACUCCAGAGGACCAUAGAUUAUUUCAAAGAAGAGUUGUCAAGAACCACAUUUUACAACAAUCAAACUUAUAUGGACGCAAAAGUGAAAGCAUCUCACAUUAGAAAUUAG